GCAUUAAAUAACGUUUUUAAAUCCUUCUGUCGUAGUAAGAGUUAUAUAAUAACGCAUACACAAUUUAUGGGCUGUAAGUAACUGACAACCGCAAUUAUUUGGCACCUGAGGCUAUGCAAUUUAAGAAUGAAGAUGAUGGGGCGCGCUUCUAAAAUACAGGAAAUUGCAAGUUUGUUGACGAUCUGCAGUUCAUUAUGAAAUCUCGAACGCUCGCUUACUAAAAAUGAGAAAGUUUUGCUUAAUUGUCGCUCGGUUUACGCAAUUUUGUUACAGAUACGAAUUCAUUAAAAUUUCAAGUUCACGAUUGGAAUUCUGUCUUAAAAAAUAAUUCCCAUUAAUUAUUAGGAAUGAAAGUAAAUGUAGGUGUAGUUCAGUAUAAAUAAGCGCAAGUUUUGAGUAGUGAUCAGUUCAGUUCGGUGUCUCACAAAUAUACCAAAUAUGUUCUUCAAGCUUGCUUUGAUCGCAUGUGCUGUUGUGGCGGCGUAUGCCCAACACCAUCAUGGAGCGUCGUCUUACGCUUCGCUCAAUUUGGGUUAUGGGCACCACGUUGAGCACGCAGCUCCAAUUCACCACCACGCAGCUCCAAUUGCCUAUCACCAUGCGGCUCCUCUGAUCCACCACGCUGCUCCCAUCGUCCACCACGCCGCUCCUCUCGUUGCUCACGGACAUGCCGCACACCACGUCGACUAUCACGCACACCCGAAAUACGAAUUCAACUAUGGCGUAUCCGACGCUCACACACACGAUAUCCACAGCCAACACGAAGUACGUGACGGAGACGCGGUCCAUGGAGAAUACUCCCUUCACGAAGCCGAUGGUACCGUCCGUACCGUAAAGUACACAGCCGAUGACAAGAACGGUUUCAACGCAGUCGUUGAGCGAUCUGGACACGCUGUUCACCCAGAAACCCACGCCAAAGUUGCGCUUGUAGGACAUCAUGGUGGUCAUCAUCAUUAUUAAUACGCCAUGAACUAAAUCAAUAUUGUUACCAUUGUUAUUCUUCAUU